CAAGCUACUAGAUUGUUGGUCUAUAAAUUUCCAUUUCAUCACAGCCUUUUGCAUAUCAAUCACAAAGUAAGCUAAGGUAAAAGCAUAACAUUGAGGAUGGAAUCAAUUCUUGCUGCAGAUAGACCUUCAUGGCCUGAGUUGGUUGGGAAGCCGGCACAGACCGCAGCUACACAAAUUGAAAAGGAGCAGCCUUGGCUCAAUGUUAUCAUUUUGGAUCAGAAAUGUCCCACCACCAGAGACCUUAGGCUCGACAGAGUUCGCAUAUUUAUUGACUGUACUGGCACUGUUGUUAAGGUCCCUAGGGCUGGUUAAUUAGGUUUGAAGGGUCGGCCUGAAUCGUCCAAUAUUAGGAUAAUUGGGGAUAGCUGAACCCUAGUAUGAUAUUGUACUUGAAAUAAUCCAACAAAUGGAGUUUAUAGUCUCCAUGUGUUGUAAUAAACUUUAAAUAAGACCGCUCAAUAAGUGGCGUUUACAAUGUUCUUUCUUUGUUAAUCAACCCUCUCUGUAGAUCUCUAUUCUCCUCUAUCUCCCUCUCUCGAUUUUUAAUCUUCUUGGACUCCAAACGCAUGUCUCUGCAUUUUUUCUUCUCAUUUCCAUUCCAAUUUCAUGUAUGUAUACACAUAUACAUUUUGAUAUCAGC